AUGCGUAAUAGAACAAAUGUGUUAUUUGCGGCAAUGGCUUUUGCUGAUUUGGGAUUUUUGUUGUUAUCUUUAAUUCCAUGUGUUUAUAUGAAGUGGUAUACUUAUAUUCCGGGAUGGUUUAAAGCAUUUUAUAUUAGGAAUAAUAUUUUGACAACUUGGCUUAUUAAUUGGUUGAGUGCCUUUUCAAUAUGGGUGAUGUUAGCUGUAACAGUAGAAAGAUUAGCUGUUGUGAGAAAACCUUUUGGACAAUAUAGGCCUAUAAAUAUAAUAUUUGGUACAAAAAUUUUAAUUAUCCUUAUUCUUUCCUUAUUUAUAACAUUACAUAAUUAUUUAUCAAUAAAAACAGAAAAUGAUAAUUCUGGAAAGUAUGUUCAUACAAAAAUUACAAAUAAUCCUAUAUUUACAAUAUGGGGAUGGUUACAUGCUUUGUCAGUCGUUGUAAUUCCAAAUAUUGUACUAUUAACAUGCAAUGUUAUGUUGAUAACAAAUCUUAGAAAACAAUCAUUUCCUGUUGAGUUGGCUCAAGAAAAUAAUCAACCAUUAAUUAUUAGUAGAACAAAAAUUGAAAAAAAAAUAACAUGUUUAAUUGUUGUAAUAUUAACAACAUUUUUAGCAUGUAAUAUGCCAGGAGCUAUUAUAUUUUUAUUACGAACAUUAAAUAUCAGUUUUAAAGAUAGAUACUAUAAUCAAUUACUUCAAGUGAUAAGUAAUACCCUAACAACAAUAGGAAAAGUAUUAAAUUUUGGACUUUUUUGUCUAUCAAGUAAACAUUUUAGAAAAAGUUUAAUUGAACAAUUAAAAAUAUGUUGUUUUUAUAUUAGGCAUAUACCAAAUUCUUGUGGGAAAACAAAAAGCACUUAUUUACAAGAUACAAAAUAUAUAAAUAAAUUAUCGUAUUGUCAAACAGAAAGUAUAAGACUUAGUACGAGGGAACGUUUAAUGACAAUAACAACACCUACCAAUACAAAUGGUAAUCAUACAAAUUCUAAAUUUUCAAAACCUUAUCAUCAUUCUUUUCAUUUUCCUAUCACUGUAAAUAAAACAACUGGAGAAGGAGGACAAAUGAGUAUAAAAUAUUCAUUAAAAGAUAAUUAUAAUCCAAAGAUGCGUGGUGAAGUCGUUGAUACAAGAAUUAUUGCAAGAAGAGCUGCUAGUACAGCUUUAUAA